AUGCAGAUGAAGGCUUUCAUUACGACUUGCCUUGGCUUCGGCAGCCUUGCCCUCGCUGCUGUCCCCGGGUUCGACAUUUCUCACUACCAGUCCAGCGUAGACUUUGCAGCAGCUUACAACUCCGGGGCUCGUUUUGUUAUCAUCAAGGCUACGGAAGGCACGAGCUACAAAGAUCCCAAGUUCAGCGCGCACUACACGGGCGCGACCAACGCGGGCCUCAUCCGCGGCGGGUACCACUUCGCGCGGCCGGGGUCGUCCUCGGGCGCCGCGCAGGCCAGCUACUUCCUCGCGAACGGCGGGGGGUGGUCCGGCGACGGGCUCACGCUGCCCGGGAUGCUGGAUCUCGAGGGGGACUGCGCGGGCCUGUCGGCCAGCGCCAUGGUCGCGUGGAUCAGGGACUUCAGCAAUACCUACCGCGCCAAGACGGGGCGGUACCCGCUCCUGUACACGAACCCGUCCUGGUGGGCUAGCUGCACGGGGGAUUCGAGCGCGUUUGUGGACACACAUCCGCUUGUCCUGGCUAGGUAUAGCAGUUCCGCGGGGACGCCGCCGGGCGGGUGGCCGUAUUACACGAUUUGGCAGUUUAACGAUGCGUAUAAGUAUGGUGGCGAUUCGGAUACGUUUAAUGGGGAUCUUACGCAGUUGAAGAAGCUGGCGCAGGGCUAA